GUGGUUCUUCUACUAGUAUGAGGGCUGUAAUUAUUCACCUUCCUCGUAUACAUACGGCGUUUCCACCAUUUCUCGUCUUCUGAAUCUAGGGUUUCUGCAUCGGAGGUGAGCCGCAGCUGAGCAACACAACCACCCGGCAGCCAUGGUUCUCAAGACGGAACUCUGUCGUUUCAGCGGAGCCAAGAUAUACCCUGGGAAAGGUAUCAGAUUCGUUCGCUCCGAUUCUCAGGUAUUCUUGUUUGCUAAUUCGAAAUGCAAGAGGUACUUCCACAACCGAUUGAAGCCGUCGAAGCUUACCUGGACGGCCAUGUUCAGGAAGCAACACAAGAAGGAUAUUGCCCAAGAGGCUGUGAAGAAGAGGCGACGUGCUACCAAGAAGCCAUACUCUAGGUCUAUAGUUGGUGCCACCUUAGAGGUUAUCCAGAAAAAGAGAGGUGAGAAACCAGAAGUGCGUGAUGCUGCUAGGGAGGCUGCUCUACGUGAGAUUAAGGAAAGGAUCAAGAAAACAAAGGAUGAAAAGAAGGCUAAGAAGGCUGAAGUAACGGCCAAGUCACAGAAGACACAGGGUAAGGGUAACAUUCCCAAGGGAGCUGCUCCAAAGGGUUCUAAGCUUGGAGGCGGAGGUGGAAAGCGCUGAGCCACUGGUUUCUUCUAAUUUUAAUUUCCUGGUGGAGUCGGUUACUACUUACUAGAUUACUUUUUUCUUUUUCUUUUUUUUCUUUUUUUUUUUUUCUCUCACUUUUAAAUGCUGUGUAAGGAUUGAUGGCCUUGGCCUUGUCGUGCCAAUUUUUGUUUUCCUC